AGUCAUAUAUUUCCUUUAGGACUAUAAUAACAAAAUUGGUCACAUACGUACUCGUAUAUAUAAAUUUGGAAGUACAUCAUCCAAAUAGCAAGCAGUACUCAUAGACUAAGUAUGUGACAUCCGCAAAUAUUUUUGUUUUGCUUAUAUUUUAGAAGUUGUCAACUGCAUAGUGACAUAGUUGCGAUGCAGAUUUGACAUGCACGACUUGAAAUAUCAAUGAUAAUGAAGAAAUUCAGUAAUUCUACAAAAUCAACAAGAACACGUUAUAAAAUUUAAAAUAUCUUAAAAAGUAAAAAAUAAAAAAAAAAUAAAAAAAGAAUACAGCACCACUAUAAAUACACGUCAAUAUAAAUUUUACUUAAAAGCUUUAAAAACCACAAAAUACGAAAAAUUUAGAAACAUCUGAAGCUAACCGUAAAACAUAUAGCAACACAAAUGAUACUAUUGCUUCCUGAAGACUUCAAUUCUAUUCCAAAUUCAAUAUUUUUAUCUCUUGCAUGUUUUAAACAAUUUUGUGGAAACAAAAAAUUGUUUAACUUAUAAAAAUACAAAGAGCGCAAUACUUCGAACGAAAUCGUAUCUAAAAAUCAACUCGAAAAAAACUUCAAACUAAUCACCCACAUACUGGCUACAGUAAUUCUGGAGAAGAUCAAGUAUCUGGCAGCGAUUUAUGUGUAAACCGAAAACGAAAUCUUUAAACGCAAUUAAAAAGGCGAAAUUCAUUCAAAACACGGUGCAAUAUAGUUUUAAAAUAAAUUUAAUUGUUAAAAAUAUAAUAUUUAAUUCUAAAAUCAAAUUUUAACUUAAAAAAAGAAAUCAAACAAAUGAUUAUGUUCGAUAGCAUUUAAUCAAAACAUAAUAAUUAAGUAUAUACAUGAUAAAAUAAAUCGAUAAUUAUACCUACAUAUAUAUAGUAAUAAAAUCAGUAAACAUUCUCGUCUACAAAAUGUCUUUGGCCGAUAUGGGUACAGCGACUCGAGGUGGCGUCGGUGGUGGUCUUGAUAUUGGUACCGGCGUUCCAGGCGGACGUAUGACACAUUCGUUAAGCACACCAUCUGGAGUCGAUGGUACACCAUCGACGCCUCGUCAUCGUGGCGGUAAAAAAUUGACCGUACGCAUACAAAUGCUUGACGAUUCAGUGACAAUGUUUCAAGUGCAGGCCAAGGCGCUUGGGAAAGUACUGUUUGAACAAGUUUGUCGUCAACUGAAUUUACUGGAGGCCGACUAUUUUGGUCUGGAAUAUCAGGAAAUCUCUACACACACCAAAUACUGGCUAGACCUUGAGAAGCCAUUAAACAGACAAGUUGGUCUUUCGCUUAUUGAUCCGGUGCUACGUUUCUGCGUAAAGUUUUAUACACCAGACCCAGCGCAAUUAGAGGAGGAAUAUACCAGAUAUUUAUUUUGUUUGCAAAUCAAACGUGACUUGGCUAUGGGUAGUCUUCAGUGUACCGACAACACAGCAGCACUUAUGGCCAGUUAUAUUGUGCAAGCAUCAUGUGGUGAUUAUGUGCCUGAAGAUUAUCCUGACCACACAUAUUUGUCAUCGUAUCGUUUCGUACCACAUCAGGAUGCGACAAUGCAACGCAAAAUUAUGGAAAAUCAUAAGAAGCAUGUUGGCCAAUCACCGGCUGAAGCUGACUUAAAUUUACUAGAAACAGCUAGACGUUGUGAAUUAUAUGGCAUGAAAAUGCAUCCUGCUAAAGAUGUGGAAGGAGUGCCACUUAACUUGGCUGUUGCACACAUGGGUAUUGCUGUCUUCCAAAAUAUAACGCGCAUAAAUACAUUCUCUUGGGCGAAAAUACGUAAAAUAUCAUUUAAACGUAAACGUUUUUUAGUCAAACUACAUCCGGAAGGUUAUGGUUACUACAAGGAUACAGUGGAAUUUUUCUUUGAAGGGCGCAAUGAAUGUAAAAACUUUUGGAAAAAAUGUGUAGAAAAUCAUGGUUUCUUCCGUUGUGCGGCAGUGCAUAAUCAGCCUAGAAGGAAAGCGCGAGUGUUAUCAAGAGGUAGCUCCUUCCGUUAUAGCGGUAAGACUCAAAAACAAAUUAUAGAGUUCGUGCGAGAAAAUUAUGUUAAACGACAAAACUUCCAAAGGUCUCAGUCAUUCCGGCAAGGGCCAUUGAAUGCUAGUAGCCGAAGUCAAUCGCAUACGUAUGUGAAUUCCAGCAUUUCAGCCAAUCCCUUACUCCCAAUUGACACUGCGGAUUGGGAUUAUCGCAAUCAAUGCAAAGACUCGAUGACGCCUUCUCUGACGAAGAAGGCAGCGGAUACCUUGGAUCGCCGACAAGACAAUCCUACAGACCACAUGCGUUCUCAAGUCACAGCAGCCCAGGUGGAGAUUUAUCAGACGAAGAAUUAUGCAGCGGAAUCGCCAACCUCGGAGGGGGAACACCCACACCGCUCGGCAGCGUGUAUGGACCAAAUGAAUUCGAACCGCUCUGUCUCUCCUCAGGGUCCGCAAUCAUGGACUUCACCCAGCCACCAUCUACGCGUUCAAGAUCAGGGUCAUGUAUAUCAAAACGAUCACAAUUUAGGUCUGAGCCACUUGUCCCACUUAUACAGCAGCAACACCCCUCGUCGAGUCUCAGUGGCAUCCCAAGCGUUUGUCCCUGCGUCGCCGCAGCAGCACAUGCACACCAGCACCAAUACAAUCAGCCACACUAUCACCACCAACUCAGUGGGUCUAUCGGUGGAUCUCAGCAGCUCCAUGGAAUUGGAGCAGGAGGAGGAUUUGGGGGAGGAGGAGGAAUUAGUCGAGGAGGAAGCGGAUUCGGACUUGACGGCAUCUACCAUCAAUCGGGAGAAUAUGGUAUCAGCGCAGGGGGGUGUCCAUCAUCCGCAACUUCUGUCACAGGAGUCCCAAUCGCAAACUGCCACCCCAGUCCAUUAUAGCAGUACCAAUUAUUCGAUGUCUAAACAGUGCUUGCUUAAUAAUAAUAAUUCAACUGAGACCGAGACCGACAACAUUAUUUAUACAGACAUUAAUGACAUAGGACAUUAUAAAUAUCCAGAAUUUAGUAUACCAAAAAUGGAAAAUAAAAUUUCUAAUAACGAAAAUUUAAAUCUUAAUGAUCGAAAUGAUAUUUACGCUACCGUAAAUCGAAAAACCAAAUCAAAAACUCGUGAAAAACAUUUUAGCGAUGAAUUUAUUGAUGAAUCUAUUUUGCAAUACACACGUGCUAAACAAAUUGGUAUGCCCGACAUGCGUCAGCUUGUUAAUUCAUAUGAUAGUGAGCGUAACUAUUCUGGUCUAAAUUAUCAGUAUCAUAAUGACUUAAAUCAUCCAUCAGAUUCUUCAUCAUCAUAUUUUGGUACUGGUUUCGGUACAAAACGUUAUUCUAAUACAAAUCAUGUAAAAUUAGCACAUUCUGAAAAUUAUCUUACUCCCUCUAUGGACUCCCAAAGCUCAGCAUCUGGUAUAGGUAUUGGUAAUGGUACACGACACACACAUUCUUUACCGCGAAAUUCAGAACUGUCUGGUGUAGAUUCUGUAGACUCUUAUGAUAGUCAUUACAUAACACAUCACUCAAUUGGAAAUUUACAGGGUGCUUCGAAUAUACCGCAUAAUUAUAUUUUAUAUCAUGAUAAUAAGAUAACAAACUCCGCUGAAGAGCGUAACGCUGCUGAUUCUCCUUUGGAUCGAUUUAAAACAUCUUCAGAAAAACUUGAAUAUGAAAUCUCUUCUGGGAAUUUAUAUUCAACUACUCAAUACAAAAAAGAACAGUACGAAGAAGAGGAGAACAUAUACGACCAAGUUGAGAAGGAAUCCUGGUUAAAAAGCAGUUCCUGUAAAGAUCUUUAUGAUUUUUCUUCAUUUUAUGAAAGCGAAAAGUCAAAACCGAUGACUGCUUUUGACAAGGAAUUCCUCUCGUUUAAUCGUAUAGACUCUCCUGUAACACGAUAUGAUGACUCGAGGCAUUCAAUGUAUAUAACCAAAAAUCAUUCCAUUGAUGCUACGCAAGACUUUUCGCCUUUACCUAAUUCAAAAGUGUAUUCUUCAAGUUAUCCUGGAAGCACGUACAAUGCACAAGAAAAUCAAAACAGACGUGGUUAUGGGCAUCACUUUGAUUAUACUGGUUCUCAAGAUGAUAUAUCACAUGAUAGUUAUGAACUUCUUGAAAAAUACGAUAUAGAUUUCUUUAGUGGUCGCCGUAGAUCUGAAGAUCACAUGCGUUCGUGUUCACUUGAUUCAGGCAACUACAUACCAAGUGAUGAUGAAUCUGUGUCGGAACAACAAAAAUAUCGUUCGGCUAUGGAUGUGAAAUCUAAAUCAGCUGUUGACAUAAUGAACGAAAUUUGGGACUCAGAAGAUCCACGUUAUCUUCCCCGUGAAAAAUUAUGUGUGAAAUCUGAUGGAAGUUUUUAUAAAAAAAUUAAAGAAACACUUUCAAGAACUUCCAGUCAAGAAAGUCGUAGUGACCUUUAUGAGACCAAAAUUUCACGUAUUUCUGACUUAAGCAAAAAAUCACGUGACAGUUUAUAUCACACCGAUAGCAAGAAAUCUCGUGAAACUACGAAAAGUAGAACAUCUGUUGCGUCUAGUCAAGAUUCAAAGGAAUCGCUAGUUGGAGAUUGUCUUGGUCGCAAUUAUGAAAUGCCUACCACAACAGGUAAAAAUUUCACUCAUUUAAACAAAAAAGAACAGUAUGAAAAAUUUCCGCAAUCCAGUCAAGAAUCUAAGAGCGAUUAUUAUGAUGCAGUUGAAGGUACCGAAACAGAAAGCCUAUGUGGAAGACCAAAAGUAAAAAGUCAUGACUGUUUGUUGUCGGAUACACAUAGUUCAACAGCCAACAGUUCAUUUUAUGACAGUCGCGACACAUAUUCCACUUUUCCUAGUAACAAAACACACAAAACAUCUAAAGUCCACUCAAUCAGCUUGCAAAAUGUUGAAAUUGAAAGGAAUGCCAAAUCAUUUGGGUCAAAAUCUCCUGAUUCCAGCUCGACUCCAGUAAGUGGCAAAAAACGCGAGGAAAAAGAAAUUCAAACAAAUAGUUCAAUUGAUCAAACUGCUCCAAUUAAAAGAAGCGAUUCUCAAUCCUGUAAAAUUUCACAAUUUCGCCGUCGUUCAGAUAGUGAAAAUAUAUUUAGUUUUGAUCAAGAUAGAAUUGAAUGCAUACAAAAUUAUUCCAAACAGUGGGAAACCCAAGUAAAAGAAGAGAAAACUAAACAAAGUCCGGAAUAUCCAUUAACUCCAGAAUUAAUAUCCGAAUUUGAAAAGCAGCAAUCACGUACAGUAACACAAAAAAUAACACGUAAAGAAGAGUUAAUUGCUAAAACGCAUUUCGAGGAAUACAAUCCAAUAAUGGUACCACUUAAUUAUGCGCAUGCUACUGUUGAGCGCACUAAAAGUGAUCCCAACUCACUAGCAAAUCGAGCACGACUAGGCAGUAACUCACGUCGUCAUGUGUUGAUGCAUCAAAAAUCAAUUGAUCUAACACCAGCUGAUUCCAGUGAUGAAGACUACAUUUACAAGCAGAUACCAAGCGCUCCGCCGUUAUGCAAAGCACAUGGUAAUUUUGAAAUUCCAAAGUCCUAUGAUGUACCGAUAGUACCGGUUGAUAUACCUAAAACCGGUUUUGAAUUACCAAAAAGUUUCUUCAGAGACUAUGAACGACGGUUCACUAAAGUACUUAAAGAAGAUAUACCAUAUGUUUUGCACAAACGUCAUGUGAUGAAUGGUACUGCGCCAUCUCCAAGUGAGAAAAAAUAUUCAAAACCGAAAUCGCCAAAAUCACCGAAGUCUCCAAAAUCGCCAAAAUCACCAAAAUCGCCAAAAGUAGAUCUUGCAAAAACUGUAGCAGCAGCUAAUAAUGCAGCAGACUUUUUACCAGAAAUAUUAGACAGUUUAUUACCAGCAGAAACUAAAGAAUUUCUUUUUACCCAAAAUAUUGAUCUCUCUAAAGUUGAUCCUAUUACUCUGGAAAUAGAUAAGACUAUUCCAACAAUUGAAUUAUCCUCUCCAAAACGAGAUAUAACAAAACAAAUGGAUCCAUCUUUAUUAGAAAAAUUGAACAAAAAACUAAGCCAAAUCGAAAGUGACUCCGCAACGAGUUCUCGCACUGAAAGCAUACAACAUCAAAAGCACAAGUUAGAGCAAAAACAAAUUGAACUAAUACAAAGUUUGCGUAAAGAACUCCAAGCCAACACCCGAAAAGUUGUGAAACCUAGAGUUAUACCAAAGACAAAAAUAUCAAGUAAACCGAAGAAAGCUAAAACUCGCAUAACAUCGUUUUCAUCAGAUGAUGAAAGCCUUGAUUCGGAUGACGUAUUUGGUUCAGCUGAGGCAAUACCAGCUAGACUUGAAUUUUCACCACCGCAAUCACGCAAAGAAAUUGAACCAAUUUUACGCAUUGAGCAGAGUAGAUUAAUAUCAGCUGCUUGGGGUCGCGGACAGACUAUGAGCUCGACAGAAAUAGAAGGUUCACCGCCGCAAUGCCGACGUCUUGCAGAACUAGAAAGCCGUUAUCAUACACAAAAACUAGAUCCCCAAUAUGCUAAUGCCACUGAAUUGCGACGUAUAUCCGAACGUUCCAUAUCAAUUCCAUCUUCAGAAGAUGAACCUCAUGUGCCCAUGCGUCGUGCAGAUGAAUGCACUAACGACUACCAACGAAAUGAAAAUAUACCAUCUCCGAUACUUGAACAUGCUGAAUUCUUUCGCAGUAAUGAUGAUAUUUACGAAACUUGUCAUGAAGAAAAAAUUACCGAAUCUGACAUCGAUUAUACACUUAAGAAGAAAUCUUCACCUCGUACAGAAUUUCCAAAAUCGAAAGUUAAAUUAAUUGAAGAAAUUAUUGACUCAUCAAUUGUUAUGCGUUCGAAGGGACAUGCGCCUAUAUUAUUUGCACAUGCUCGUUUAAAUCUAUCUGAAGGUUCUGCAUCAUUGCAGCGUCAAAAGUCUACACAAGAUUCACCAACAGGCGAACGACGUACAAAGAGCUUGGAUACUCCCGUGAUUUCACUACAUAGAUUGCCACCUAUGAAUGCUUUUUCAUCUAAAGAUGAUACUGUUGGUUUCGAAGAAGAAGCAGAAAUCUUAGAGGAAAAGUCAUUGGGACGUGAAAUAGAGCAACAAGAUGAAGACACAGUAGAUAGUAUACAUUCUUGUGCUGGCUCAAUACCAACUCAAAGCAGUUAUGUGACUGCAGGUAAGGAUUCAUUGCUAAGCGCUGUUACUAUAGAUAGUGAGGAAAUGGAGCUUUUAAAUCAACUUAAAUAUAUAGAAAAAAUUGCUUUGCAAGGAGUCAAAAUAAAAGACAAAAAAAAAUCCAAAAUGAAAUUGAAAAGUGGUGAUCAUCUAAUCUUGGAAAUACCAAAAUAUAGAUUUACUGAUUGGUCACCUUACAGUUCGGCAAAUAGUUCACGAAAAACUUCUCCUGGUGUUUCUCGUGCAAGUAGCAUAGAAAGUACCGGUAAAGGUAAACUAAAAACUAGUUCAAAAGGUAUUGAUCCUUUUAAAAUAAAGCCAGGCAUAUCUCGUAGCCGGCCAGAAUCCAGACGAACAAGUAUUGACGAUAUAAAAUCGAAAGACGGUAAAGGUAAAAAGUCCAGCCCUAAAGAGAGACCUCGUUCUAUAGAAACACGUAGGUUAAGUAAAGAUAAAAGUAAAUCUCAAGAAGAAACUGAAGCAGAUAUUGCAAAACGUAAAGAGCGACAGCAAAAAUUAUAUGAGUCUGCUAUGAAACAAACCAUUACCAUGCUUAGUCCAGUUAAGGACACGUUACCACCUUUUCCAGCACCGGAAGAUAAAAUUCACGUUAAAACCGAUGGUGAUAAAAUUAUAAUUGAAACCGAAUUUAAGAGCAAAGCUGAGGAUCAUGUUUUAAUUGCAAAAGCGCCGCGAAAAUUAGAUACUUCACUAGUUAAAUUUAGUCGUAGCUUUGAUGAAGGACGUAGUUCUGAAAAACUUGAUAAAGCAAAUCGUAGCUUUGAAGAUCGAAAUAAGUCAUUUGAAGAAUCGGAGAAAUCUGACGUCCCUGAUGAUAUGGUUAUUAAAUCACCAAAGAAGAUUGCUAAAAGCCAAGAAAUAAAACAAAAAAUAGAAGGCAGCGUUGUGCAUAAGAAAAUUGAUGGAAAAUCCAGCAGCUAUGAAAAAACGGCAGAACAUCAUUAUUUAGGUGCAGAUGUUAAAGCUAGAAGUUUGGACGAUAAAAAGCCAAGUCAAACAGAAACUAAAAAAAUUGAAGAAAAGCCGAUCAUUCGCAGCGCCGUUGGAGAUCGUCGUAUGUUCGCGCAUCAAUAUAACGUACAAGAAGAUAUUGAUAUGCAAGCAGUUAUUUCGGAACGUCGGUCAUUAGAAAUUUUAAAACGGUCCUUGCCUUCCGAAGAUACUAAAGACAGCGAUGGUGCCUACAGUCGUAAAGCAUCUACAGCGGAUAGUCUUGAUUCAUUUGUUUCUGUAGAUGAUAGCCAUUCACCACUUAGCAAAUCACCUGUACCUGCUCCUGAAAGCUAUCCACAUCGUGUUCCAACUAUUGAAUGUGAAGAACCGUCAAUUGAAGAGGAUGAUCAUUCAGGAGAAUGUAGGCAUUUAAAAGUGUCGCGUUUGGACACUAAUCGGUUAAGUUUAGAUCGUAGUAGAAGUGAUGAAACUGGUUCAUGGAUGACACUUGAAUGCGAUGAGUUUGUAGGUUCAGAUACUUCAGACAAUGAACCGCGAACUUUAGAACCUGAUCGUAAUAUAUUAGAAACACAAGCCACUUUAGAAGAUGCUGGUCCUUUAGAGUAUUCUAACUGCGUCACACCUACAUCUGAUCUAAAUAUUCUUAUUACACCACCAAAUACUAGUCCCAUGAUUGAGAAAUCAGUUUUAGAAACUUUUGAAAAGCAAACUGACAAAGGAGAAAUAAAGAAAAAACCGAGUCUUGAAAAGCAAAGUGAUAAAUCAAAAAGUUCUGACUCAUGGACUAGUGGUGAAAAGGACGUAAGUCCACACCGUGGUGAACGGCAAGACUGGAGUUUAUCAGUAAGUGGUGGUAAAGAAAAGAGUUCAGUCGAUGAAGAAUCAAGUGUUAGUUGCUCUAUUGCAAGGCCAUUAGGAAUUUCACAAGAUUUUGGCGACAUUGAGGAAAAGAAAUGCCUCGAACUUAAACAAAAAAUGCUAAAGUUAGAUGUGACAAGUGUAGCAAUAACCGUACCAAAAACUGUGGCCACAACACCGCCAACUAUAAGUCCAACCGGUUCGAAUGUAACAACUCCUACUAAUAUAACAAUCAAUGAACCUAAAAUAGUUAUUAAAAAACCAACAACUCCAACUUUAGAAAAACAAAGCCCAAUCGAUUUAGGUAAUAGCACUGAAUCGUAUCUUGAUCCUAUUGAAGAAAAAAUAGCUAAAUUGCUGCAACGUAACGAAGACAGCGAAUCCAGCUCGGGCGGUUCGAAAAAACCAGCUAAGAUUGAAAAACCCGCACGUGCGAAUGCAGGCAAAAAAUUAGCUGUCACGAAAGCAGAUGGAAAUAAAGAGCUAGCUAGAUCUGGUAGUGAUAAAAGUUCACAAGAAUCUAAGUCCAGCUUUGACUCUAAAGGUUCAUUGAGUGUAGAAUCGCGUGGAUCAUUUGAAACUGAGAGUAGUUCUGGUUCAAUGGGAGCAGCACAGCGUCGUGGUGAGCUUCAUCAGAAAGAGCUGCAAUCAACUUGGAAACCUUUUCCUAUUGAAAGUUCCGGAAGUUCGAGCACUGAUGACCCUUGGCAUCAUAUUGAAACAGAUGGUUAUGAACGUUAUGAUGCAAAUAAUCCAUUACGUGAUUCUUCUGAUAGUGAUUUAAAAGAACAAUCACCCGAUGAACAAAAAGAAAGUGAUACAAGUUUUCAGGACGAACUUAAUGAUUUUCCGACUACGUUUGGUUAUCCAGCCAUGACUAGUUCAUUAAGUGGCAUUGGUGUGAAUCCAACUGAUAUUAUAGGUUACAGUACAGGAUUUACCCUAGGCAGAACGCUUUCUAGAAUCUCUGAACGCAGUACAGCUUCUGAAAAAUCAAGUAUGGAAGAUGAUGUCAGUAAAGCUUCUACGCAUUCUGUUAGCAUGCGAGAUGAAUCAGUUGGCUCAACUGAUCAUCAGCCUAGCUUAAGUUCUGACUCUCGCAGUAAUACAAAUUUGGCCUAUAUAUCUGAUGCUGAUAGACGCACUUCAGCUGAAAUGCCAGAAAUACCUUGCGAUUCUGCAACAGGUGAUCGUUUGUCAAGUAUUGGCAGUUUUAAUGAGCCGAAAUCGCCAACAGUAGUCACUGGACGAUUUUCUGUAACCCAAGUAGAAGAACAACAAGAUGGUAAUAAACAUACAUUACUAUGCCUUUCUAAUGCUGGUAGUCAAGAUUCUGAGGAUUGGCCUUUACCUGAAAUUCCUUUUGAUCACGUGCCGGUUAAACCAGUGGAAUCUAUUUAUGCAAUGCCAGAUUUAGAUAAACCCGUGCCAAAAACAUUCUGUUGGAAAGCAAGUAUGUCAUUUCAAUCACAAGAUUCACAAGAUUGGCCUUCUCCACCUUCAAGCACUAUUGAAGCGCCAAUUAUUAUAGAAAAUAUAGAAACAUAUUAUACAACUGAGGUACAAAACGCUGAUCAGGUCAUGAUAGAGUCCUUUACUGCAACAGAUCAUACCGAUGACACUCAUUCACAGAUUGAAGAAGAAUUUCCAAUUUCACCUUCGGAGCCAACAAAAAUAUUACCAUAUGAAGACACAGCUUAUCUUAUGUCUAUAGCUUUUGAUGAUAAAGAUUUUGGCAGUGAUGAAAUUGCUCAUGACACAACAACUUGCCUAAGCUCUACACUUAGUGCUGCAUCGUGCUUGUCUUCUUCCUUUAACGUGACUUGUACAUCUUCUCCUAAAUCGCAAAAAGGUAGUCCUUUGCAAAAAACUUCUAGUCCAGAGUCGGUAAUUGUAUCUCAACCAACUCGUUCACCAGUUACACGUUCGCCUAUAUCAGAAGAUGAACUAUUUUCGGGAGACGAUGUUUUUAUGCCUGGAACAGUUAAAGUUCAAUUGUCCCCAGAUGAAACUCGUACGAAUGAAUUUUUGCGGAAAUUAUCGAGAGGUUCUAAUAACUCUGAUACAUCGAUCGAUGAUAUACUUUCAACUUCUGGUGGAACAUUUAUGGAUGAUCAAACUACAGUAAGACGAAAUUACGAAACUCGUCUAAGCACAGGCUCAUGUAAAAAAUGCAGUCAUUCAAGUCAUUCUGAAGAAGAAACAAGUUCAAUUGGAACUGAUUUAGAUGGCACCGUACGAAUGGGUCUGCAACAAAAGAAAUGCACACAUAGCUCUCACUCUGAAGACACUUCUAUUGGCUUAAGUAUAUCGGAAUGGUCUACUGGUACAAACACAGUAAGACAAUACGCAAAUCUAUCAGGUUCUGACAGUUUGUCUGCUGUCUCUACACACUCUUGUGCUAAAAGUGAAAAAUCUAAUCAUACUAAAUCUAGUAUGAGUUCAAUUAAUAAGUCUGCUGAAAGUUUAAAUGAACAAAGUGGAAGUUUUUCAAAUAAGUUCUCUGGUGAUAAUGGUUCUUCAGAUGGUCUACGGUAUGAUAUUCUUUCAAAUUCUGAAACUGACAAAGUUUCGGAAACAACUUCUGCAACUAAAAGUGAUGACACAACUCUGACUUUGACUGAAAUGGCACACACAAUAACAGAAUGGUCCACAUCUAGUAGUCGCACAUUAGUGACAGCUACGCAAGGAGAUUGUUCUGGUCAAGGAGUUGAUCAACGUGGUAAUAGGCGUAGCAGUUACAUUGAUUAUGUGCCACUAAAACAACCACGUUUACUAACAAAAAAAUCCCCGACUGAAGAAAAACGUGGUUCGUUACCACAAAUACAUCGUAGAAGUGGUAGUAAUGGAAACAAUCGCACAAGCACUGAAGACUUAGUACAACGCACUUCACCGCCCAAACAAGGAUUGCAACAACGCUUAAGUAGUAUUGAUGCAAAAGAAAGUUUACCAGAAACCUCAGGAGCAGCACGUAAACGGCGUUCUCUUGAAAUGAUGUCCAAACUAUAUCAGAGUCAAGAUAUUUCAUCAGAAAGCGAAGCUCCUUUUGUUGAACGAUUGUAUGCACCUAGUGAAAAAUUGACAGAACGUUAUCAAAGUCAAGACUUUGUACCUUUACAUGUAACAUCUACUACACAAACACAAACUCCACAAUCCAGUACACAAAGAACAAAAGCGCCACAUCCAUCAACAAAGCCUAAAGCGCCACAGCCCCCCAUAAAACCGAAAGUAACACGACCACUAAUGCAAGCUUUGCUUAAACAUAUGCAAACUGCUGGUGUUGCUGAAGCUGCAGCAGCAGCAGCAGAAGCUGCUGAAAGUACAACUGUAGAAGAAGUAAAACCAAUCAUAAGUAAGGUGCCACCACCAAUACCACAUGUACCACCAAUAACUUCACCAAAUGACUUACCAAAAACAGUAGGUCAACCGCCUGAAAAGCCGCUAGCUAAACAUCAUAGCUAUGAUGACAAAACGCUUUCAAAAUCACAAAUACGUGAAUAUAAAACAAAUAAAUUGCGUCAAUCGAGUUCAUUUCAUGAGCAUAUGCUAUCGAAAUCACAACAAUCUUCACAGGAAUCAAUGCCACCGCGUAUCGACGAAGAAUCAUCUUCUCUCGGAGGCGGCACUAGCGGCGCAUCUUCUGCCACAACAACAACGACUACAAUCAACAGUGAAAAUACCACAAGCACAGAAACUUCUUCACCAAUGCUACCACAACGUGCUGAGAAAUUAAUUAAAUGUUCACCGUAUUAUUCCAGUAGCUUAAGCUCAGAGUCACCACCAAAUCAACUAAUACAAAAGCCACCACGGAAAAGUUCAAUAACACGUGUUAACGUCAUUAAGAGCCCACCAAGUGGCAAUGAUACCGACAGUUCCAUGGAUAUACGCACACAGGAUGCUAAAUUGCGUAGUCGCGGUUAUCGUAAGAAACGCCAAGUAACUACGAGGCGUAUACGAACCACAACAGAGCGCACUUUAGUCGAACAAGAGAGUUCUGAAUGUUCUGAGGGUUAUUUACCAGAAAUGGAAUCAGGAUCAGAUCUAUCUUACAGACCAGAAGAUAACUAUUUAGAAUUUGAUGAAGAAUUAGAACAUGAACAAGAAACCGAUGAAUAUGAGGAUUAUCCGCAUUAUUCUGGCGCUGCAUACACUACAUCAAAUAAAUUUGAGAGUCUUGAUAUGACAGAUAAUGUGGAUGAAAUGGGUUUUCCUCGUUACGAUCGUUUAGGUCAUAUUACGAAUCCUAUGUACCAACAAAAAGUUCAGCCAACUGUACAUAGCAGUUUUACAAAUAAACCAGCUCCAGCAAAUCAUCCAAUGCCACCGACAAGUGGUCAACCAGUAAAACCAGCACGCACUAAAAAACGUCAACUUAAACGUGAGGACUCAAUGUCUGCAGGUACUUCUGCACAAUAUCAUGGACGUGCAUACUGCAAUCCGGAAGAAAGUGAAGUGGAAUCAAAGGCUGGUUUAUCUGACGAUUUGGCUAAUUCCAGUGAGGAUAGUAGUGGCUUUAUGAAAGAUACGGGUACAAUACGUCGCACAACAAUAACUCGCAACAGAUACGGCACCGACAUGGAGUUACCAUACCCGGAUUUCCUAUCAGAUUAUGAAAACGAACCAAUUGAAUAUGAACGCUAUUCCUGUGGUUUAGAUAUAAGAGUUGAUCCUCCACCAAAAUUUGACGACUCAGAAGAGUUAAGUGAUCAAUAAGAAGUAUAACCGAUUUUAACACAAAUGUUUUCAAUAUAUUUAACAUAAAAGUUAACUGCUACUAAUGUAUAAUCAAAACAAAGUGUCUAUACACUAAAGAGCUUAACUUAAACAUACAAGAAUAAGCUUUUAUUGUAUUAAGUUAAUUUUAAAUUUUGCAAUACUAAAAACACGAAAACUUUUAACGUUCCUCUUUAUAAUUCGUGUGUUGUAUUUAAAUCGUAACUAAAAUCCUCAUACCAAAACGCAUUUAUUUCGUCGAUGGAAAUUUCUUAUUUACGUGUACUUCCAACUGAUCCAAACCGAUCUUCUUUAAUUGAGACUGAUUUACGAUACAAAAUCGAAAAUACCCAAAAAUAAAAUAUUUGCUUCAGAUACAUUAUUUAACUCGUUUAAAUGUUACUCGCUAUUAUGCUUACUCGUUGAAUGAUAGUAUACUCUUAGUUUAACCAUAAAUUUCGCUUUUAUGAGUGAACGAACGAACGAAUACGAGAGAAAAUAUUAAGGGAGAAAAUGAACAAUUUGUUAUUAGUUUAAGUUGUUGUUGGUUGGUGAUUUGUCCUAAUAAUUAAUUAAUUACCUAGUUAAUAAUUAAAUUUAUAAAUUAAUUAAUUAUGGGAUUAAGAGGUUGAAUUUAAAUUUUAAAACGAACGAAAAUUAUUUCUUAUUUCUUACUAAGCAAAAAACAUUCACAAACGGUCUUAAAAAUAUUGUCAAAAAUAAGGUAUAAAAUUGUUAAAUUUUAAAUGCACUGU